AUGCAGAACCUCUCAGAGAGUUUACUCAAAGUAGCUGAGGCAGAAGUUAAACAACAAUUGACAUUCACUGCAGAUCAAGCAUUCACUAUGAAGAGCUUCAUCAACACAAUUGUCAUCAUCAAUAAGAAUAGAGAAAACCAGAUCUUAAACCUGCAGCAGAAGAUUGAACAUUUACACAGACAGAUGACUAUACUGAAUCUGAAGAUCUCAUUACAAUUAUUCACAAUCUCUUCAGAAGUGUACACAUCAUCAGAGAUCACUGUGCAGAAUGAGAAUCUAAGCAUGAAAUACAUCAAGUCAGAAGAUCUGCUGAAGUCACUAAGCUUUAAUAAUGACUGA